CAAUGGCAUGUACGAGUACCUAGAGAUGGAGGCUCAGAGCCUGUCGGCCUGCAAUCAAUGUGGAAAGAAGUUCCAACGUAAAGCUCAUCUCUUGCGACACCAGCAACAACAUUCCGGAGAUAGGCCGUACAGCUGUAAAUUUUGCGCAAAGACAUUCAAGCGCAGUGAUGUUCUGCGAGACCAUUUCAGUAGGUGCGAACGCCGGGGAACUUCUGCCAUUCCAAGUUCGCUCGAGAGGGGCAGAAAACGACAUGCAUGCGACGAAUGCUCCCGGCUGAAGGUCAAAUGCGACAACAAUGUUCCAUGCCGAAAAUGCACAGAAUUUGGGAGGAAAUGUGUAAAGACACGGACUUCAACAAAUGCCUCGAUCACAUCGAGCCCAGAAGAGCAACACUCGCAAACGCCUCCUCCUUCGACCCCUGAAACGACGAAUGAUCGUAAUUCUAUCGGAUUUCUCCUGAAUUGUCCCAGCGAGAAUGAUUUCAUCAGAGAAUUUCCGCAAUCGUCAACGAGAAGUCCGAGUAGCAAGCCAGAGAUAUUGUCAGGCCAGUCAUCUGCAAAGGAAUAUGGCGCGCCAAGCUCUGCCUCCAGCACAACAUCGGUUUUCCAGCAGUAUGGGCACAUGAUACGGGAGAACAAUAUCGACGUCUUUCUCAACCGGUUGGAGUUUCAGAACUUCGAGCAACAGACAAACAACUGGCAGAUGCCAAAUGAAAACAUGAUCCUGUGGUCUGGGUCCGACUCGCUCUUCCUGGACCGAAGGGUCUUGGAGCAAAGAGCUUUCGACAUUAGAGAAAAGCUGCGAUAUACUGCAGCCGUACAGAAUCCGCCACAUCUACCUACCAAGGAGUUAAUAGAUGCUAUUGAGCUGAUUACUGCCGAUAAACUUGCGGCUUACAUCAAGCUCUACUUCAGGCAUUGGCAUAAACAUGCCCCGAUGGUUCACGAGGCGACUUUCAACCCAUGCACUGCUGCACUCCCUCUCGUUUUGUCCUUAAUGAGUCUUGGUGGAAUGUAUUCAAAAGAGUCGGGAGAUGUUGCAAAGCUAAAGAGUCUCUUGGAUACCAUAGAAGGCUACAUUUACUCCAUUCCCGGCUUGAGUGAUGAGUAUGAAAUGCCAGGCCGGCUAUAUGCUAAGCACGGAGAGACCGCGUCACCAGAAUGGCAGCAGUACCAAUUGGAAGAGCUGCAAGGAGCCUACCUAAUGAUUGUAUUACAAUACUGGACUGGAAACCCGACAGCUAGGACCAGAGUCCGCCAACAACGAUUUCCAAAAGUCGUGCAUAUUUUCCAUCUUCUAGAAGUGCUCACAAUGCAACACUCUCCGACCUUUUUGAUACACGACCAGACGUCCUUCCGAGCGUGGAUACGGAAAGAAUCGUUCAUUCGAACUGCUACAAUGGCAACAAUGCUCGACCAUGCCUUCGGCAUUUUCAAUAAUGUGUCUCCUCAUUUCCAAUGGGCGGAAAUUGACCUCCCAUUUCCAAGUGAUGACACGUUCUUCCAAAUAUCCAAUUUUGACGAAAUGGUAGCGAAAUCAGCCAUUCCAAGACUUGGAAUGAAGAUUAAAGAAGCCUUUCUCAUCCUCUUUUCCGUAGAGGGCGCAGAAGAUGAGCUCGAUGUUUUGAGGCGAGGGAAAGUGACUGCUCUUGACAUGCAGUUGCUCGUCCAUUUUCUUUACACUCACGUGUGGGCUUCCACUUUCUCAAGCCCCAUGGCUUCCAUACCCGGCACCAACAUACAGAGACUCACAGCGCCAUUCCACCUAGCUAUGCGAAAUUGGAGAGCCCUAUGGGACGAGAUCAAAGCUAGUGCAAGAGAGGAGGAGUGGAAUAUGCUCGGAUUUCAGAGAACGGCAGAAUCGUACUACGAUGCUGUCAGGUCGAUCUUGGGCGUGUUUGAGAGGAGGGAAGGUCGAUUCCCGCCCAUACCUAGCGAUUGUGAGAAGGGCAGCCAUUUGAAGAGGUUAUUGAGUUUCUGAAAUAAUACUGGACUGGCAAACUUGCCAGAUGGUGGUCAUUCUGGUAGAUUGUCUCCUUGAGACAAUCAUGUUGGACAGGGAGAGUUCAUGGAGCAUAGUUCAAUAUUUGCGAACGGUUGACGCUAAUGGGGAUUUUGGAAGAGAGGCGCUCUUGUUGCAUUUCUGGGCGUCAUGGCAAGGCGGUUAUACCAACGAGAUCGACUCUAGGCCUGAAUGGUUGGCUACUCAAUGAAUAACAUCUUCUACUCUCUGCUCACCCUAAUCCUUCAUCUUCAUACAAUCCUUCAAAUCACAUACCAAGACUCCUAGCAAAUUCCUCCCGCGCCGCCUUCUUUGUAAGAGCAAAAGCAUGGUAAUCGUCAUCCCACUCCUCACCGUCCUCCGGAAUUGCAGCCAAGCGCUUAUUCGCCAACUCAACGAGCUCCUUUAAGCGCACGGUCGAUUCCCUGAUCGCAUUAACAGUCUGCUGGUGGAUCUCGUGCGUUGCGGAGAUGAGAUGGAUGUACUGCGGCACCGUCCUGUGUGCGAGAGCAUGUGUGAUCGGCUCGAUGAUGGUAUCUCUGAUGAGCUUUUCGCAAUCGAUGAUAUGCUGGCGGCAAGCAACUAUGAGUCCUCUGAUCAGCAAAAUCCCAUUUUUUUUUUUCAAUACAAUCUUCGAUGGCUUGCUUCUCUGUAGCCCAACCCAGAAAGCGAAGUUUAGAGAAAAUAAACUCACACUCAACACACUCCUUCACACCCUCACACCUCGCAAUCUCCAUCACAAAAGCCCUCGAUCUAUUCUCAUUCCCGUCCGCGAAACAACUAAACAUCUUCCCAAACUCAUCAACAUCCAGCUCUCCAUCCUUCCAAAACCUUCUCAGUUCGCCAAUGAGUCCCUUUUUGAGCGUGGCCUCAUUCCUGGUCUUCUGACGGUUGAGGAUCGUAGAGAAGAGCGAGGUUCUGUGCGUGAUGUAGCUGGUUAUCUUGGUGGCGAGCUGGAGCGAGAGGUGCAGAUCCGAGAGCCGUUGGCUGAUGGUGUUGAGUUCCGUUGGGGUCGGUGUGCGGUAGUCGAUCUGUGAGGGGGAUGGCUUGGGCGGCGCGGCAUUGCUGGGUUCGGGGGUGGAUGAGGGUGAUGUGGAGAUCGAAGAGGGACUGAGGUUGGAGUCGUCCAGGGUGGAGGAGUCUGGUGUAGUGGGAGUUGUGGGUGGUGAUGAAGAUGGUGUUGCCAUUAUGGCUGGUGGCGGUGAAUGGUCUGGCUCUGGGCUUGACAUGGCGAUCGAGCAGAAAGCACGGCGACGAUGCAAGUUCAAGGAAUGGCUUCGCGAGACACGAGGCGGAGGUUGAUUUGUUUGUUUGUUGAUGCCACGCGCUCGCUAAAAUGCCUUGAAUCGGAAUAGUGGUGUAAGUUUCUUCAUAGACUUGAACGUCAACUUCGCCGCUGGACUCACAGUCAGGCAUUUCGCUUUGCUGUCAUACGAAUCAUUUUGAAGGUUUGAAGCUACUUUGCAGCAUUCGAGUUAUCGCUUCAGUCCUUGCAAAGGAUCGUGAUAUCAGAUGCUGAGGAUAUCAGAUGCUGAGGAUAUCAGAUGCUGAGUAUAAAACGUUGUUUACGAACAUCGGGAUCAAGCCAAGGAAGAUGAACAUCCAAGGAGACUUGAUUGAUCAAUCAACCCUAUGAAAUGAAAACAAAAU